CACACCACUAAACUCCAACCAGAGAAGAAGAGAGUGCGGAAGUAAAGUGCGCUAAAAACAGCUAGCUACUUUAAACUGUAUAAAUCUCGUCAUUUGUUAGUUUUUUUUUUAAAUAUAAAAAUGUGUACAGAUUGUGUGCAGAAGGAAUAUCCUGACAGGGGAAACACCUGCCUGGAUAACGGCUCGUAUCUGAUGAACUUCCUGGGAUGCGCCAACUGUCAGCAGCGAGACUUCGUGCUCAUCAGCAACAAGACGCUGGUGGAUGAAGACGAGGAGGAGAUAGUCACUUACCUACAUAAGUGCAAGAAUUGUGACCAUGUCAUAGCCAGACACGAGUACACCUUCUCUGUGGUGGAUGACUAUCAGGAAUACACAAUGUUGUGUAUGCUGUGUGGGAAGGCGGAAGAUUCCAUCAGUGUGAUGCCAGAUGAUCCCAGACAAGCCGCCCCACUCUUCUAAACAGAAAAGACACAGAACAGUCUUAAAUUGGUCUUAAAUAAGAAGCUCCACUCGCGCAGAGUUUCAUCCAUGCUGAGCUCCGGAGGCCAUUUUAAAAUGACUGACAGAUUAUAAUCCAGUUGUGUGUAUUUGUUCAUGUCCUUGAGAACCUUCCAGAAAUGAUCUGCAGCUUGAACGUCGGCUCUGUAUUCGGGCAUUCUCUCCCUGAGGAACUUACCGUAGGCUUUAAUGGUAUUAAUAAGAUCUGACAAGAGUGAAGAAUGAAUAGUGUAAAUAAAACAAUCCUGUAUGUUUUACAUUAAAGCCUCCUGCUCAUCCGCUGCUGCAGCAUUUCUGCUUGUUCAGUGUAUACUGUAAACUUUUAUUAAAACUCUUUUGUAUGCUUUGUCUAAAUAAAAUAAAUGAUGCUCCA